AUGCUCAUAGAUACGCCUGAACGGCUCCAACGUGUAGCCAUUCAAGACUUCGUCAACCGCGAGCUCGCCGAGUUACGCCGGGAAGCUUCAACUCCCGCAGUUGUCACGGGAUCUAACGUCAUUAAACUCGACGUUUCGAGUUACAUUGGCGAGGGCCCAAAGCGCCUUGCGCUCAAUCGAUGGCUUUGUGAAGUGCACAUCGCUGUCCAAGCCCGCCAGCUAUCGAUGGAGUUCACUCGUACCCACUUCCUCCUGUCUAAGUUGACUGGUACAGCAAAAGAGUGUGCAUUGGGAAAGCUUGUUGCCAAUUCGGGAUGUUUCCCGGACAUGCAGGCCCUAACAGACGACUUGCGCUUGGCGCUUGAGCCUCCGCAAGACAAGCACCACCACCGCUCCGCAUUCUUUGAGCCUCCGCAAGACAAGCACCACCACCGCUCCGCAUUCUUUGCAUUGCGGCAGGGUAGUAAAAUACAUUCAACGCGCGCGACAUCUGGCAUCGUGUAUAUUCGCCUACCCUAUCGACACGGUGACACAAGUCUAUGUGUUCGUGACCGGGAUGAAUGCUGGGUAUCAGCGUUUUUACUUAAGGCGAAAAUCUCUUCUCAUGAAGAGGCGUUCAGCAUUGCUCUGCGUGAAGACUACAGUGUCUUGGCUUCGCAAGUGGGUCACUCGCUUCCCCUACGCGCCGCUCAGGAGCCUGAACCAAUAGAGAUCGAUGCAAUCGGGCCAGCUGCAGCCUUCUGCCGCGCGCCUGCACCAUUGAUCGCUGUCGCCAAGUCUGGCGUCUCCGUCUCCCUCACCGGGCAGCCAAAAAACGGCGAGAACCAGUAG